AUGGCGAUAUCCAUGACCAAUACAUCUCUCGCACCGCGUGACUUGGAUACCGACGCUCAGCGCCUGUGUCAAAUCAUUACCCCCGUGGGAAACCUAGGCUAUGGCUUCAUCGACAAGCAGGUCGAGGCCGAGCUAGAGCGCACCAGUAAGCUAUCUUCACCAACAGCAAUCAUCUUGGACGCGGGGUCGACGGAUUCGGGUCCUCAGAGACUGGCACUGGGCCAGACGGCGGCUCCCAGAUCUGCCUACACGCGGGAUCUGGCUAAAUUGAUCAAGUAUGUAGUCAAGUACAAGGUUCCUUUGAUCUCAUCGUCAAAUGGCGGCGAUGGCAGUGAUGAACACGUCGACUUGAUGCUUGAAAUCAUCAGGGAACUGGCAGAGCUCCCAGAGUAUAGAGAAUGGAACCUCAAAGUGCUGGCGAUAUACUCCAGCGUCUCACAUGAGCGAGUGACGAAGAGGUUCAACGCCGGCGGCAUUGUCGGCUGUGGACCAGCCGUGCCUGAUCUGACACAGAGCGACAUCGAUGGAGCCACUCGAAUUCUGGCCCAGAUCGGCCCGGAGCCUUUCCUUGAGGCCAUGAAUGCAAAUCCAGAUUUCGACAUCAUUAUUGGUGGCCGAGCCUACGACCCCGCUCCAUACAUGGCAUACUGUGCAUUCAACGCUCUGAAGGGGAAAUCUGACGAUCUACAUUCUCUCUCAAAGGAAGUCCUGGGAUCAUUUGGCCAUAUGGGAAAGAUCAUGGAGUGUGGAGGACAGUGUGCCACGCCAAAGAGUAUCGGAGCGGUCGCUGAUAUUUACCAAGAUACCACGUUCACCGUCACUCCAUUGGACCCCAUCGCCAAAUGCCUUCCUCUAAGCGUUGCGGCACAUUGUCUCUAUGAGAAAACACGGCCGGAUAUCCUCCAUGGCCCGGGCGGGUUUUGGAAUUUCACCAAGGCAGUCUACAAGCAACUUCAUGAUGGGAGAUCAGUACGGGUUGGGGGAGCGGUCUUUGAGUCGUAUCGAAACCACGGCGAGAAAUACCAUAUCAAACUGGAAGGCGCCAAAAUCUCAGGAUACCGCGCCAUCUUCAUCGGCUCGUGGAUUGACCCAAUCCUUGUCAGUCAAGCAAAGGAAACGUGCGCGUUGAUCAAGGAAUAUGUGGCCUAUCAACAUAGCCAUAUCGACGAAUACUGGGAUCUUGGUUUCCACGUCUAUGGCGCCGAUGAUGACUGGGACCCAUCACAAGGGGGUCGUCCAUAUAAAGGCAAGAAAGGUGUCUUUAUAGUGGGAGAAGCCAUCGCGGCGAACCAGGAGCUUGCCACGAGUAUUGCCUCGGUUGCGAAGCUAGGAGCUACCCAUGGGCCUUACAAAGGCCAAAAGGCAACAUCUGGCAAUCUGGGCUUCGGGAUUGGAGGCAAGAUCGAGAUGGAGACCGAAGAGUGUGUCGAAUUUUGCGUCUAUCACUUGAUGCCGCUGGAGGAGGGAGAGCAAGGCGGCUUCCCUGCCUCCUCCCAUGAAGCUGGUGUCGCCAACACUGAAGAUGGGAAACCGCUCUUCCACUGGACAGAAGCUACAAUCGGCAAAGGUGAGUCGCCCUUGGAAGUUCAAGCCACCAACGGAGCCACGGGAGCGGUAUCAAAGCUGUUGAAGAAGAGCAACUAUAAACUUCCUGCAUACGAAGCCCCUCAAAUUCAGAACAACCCGCGCUUCCUGGGCGACAUUGCUCCCGUCGUCCGAUCCAAGAAUGCGGGUCCAUAUGAGAUUACAAUUGACAUUCUCUUUCCAACCAAGGCCGUCUUCGACAUCGUUGCCAAUUCUGGACUCCUCACUCCAGAAAUCUUUGGCAAGAUCUACGACCUGAAGAUGGAAGAGGUGAUAUAUUGCUCGUUUUUCGAGCAGGCGUUGGCUUUCAAAGCUACCUUCCCAAGAAGGCGCAAUGGGAAGCUCACUCCCUCAGGUGGUUUCUUGGAAACCGAUAUGCAUGGUUCGCAACAGUACAUCGACCUUUUGGAGCUACCACUCCACAACGAUCUGAUCGAGAAGAUUGACAGUCUUCCCAGGGAGGAAAAGAUCCAAGGUGGUGCCAAUGCUACAAAGUAA